CGACAUUCUGGUAAGCAGUUCAUGACUGCUUACCAGCACUUGAGACUAGAGACCGCCCUUAACUACGUAUGCGCGCGUUCACGCGAAUGGCUGGAAAUGCUGCGGCGGAGAGCUAAAGUGUGCGAGACCAGCGACGCGUGAUUACUUUUAUCAACCAAUAAAUACAUUGGACGGAUUCGACAUUUCCAUCGCAGGACAGUUCACCGUGUUCGGAUUAAAAUGGUGUCACGACUUUAAAGGAAUGUGACGGACCACAAAACUGCUAACGGGCUAUUCCUGUCUCACCCUGACACCCAUCAAAGAGCUGCAUACGUUGUUGCUUUAUCUGUGCCUGCUGAGGAGAGCGCGUGGAGCCGAGGCUGGCCUGCUGCACCAGGCGCCGUGAGCUGCGGGGAGUCCAUGGCUGCCGUCUGAUCCUCAGUGCUGUUAGGAGUUUUCACACCUUGAAGACUUGCCCUGUGUCUGCAGCAGUGUAGUAGAAGAGUCCAUUCUCCCACCUCUGGGCCCAUGGAGGGCUUUCCAGUCCACUGAGCCUCAGGCGCCACACCAGGACAAGAACCAUGUCCGCCUGCAACACCUUUACAGAGCACGUAUGGAAACCGGGUGAGUGCAAGAACUGCUUUAAACCCAAGAGUCUGCACCGCCUCAGCGAGGGUGCCCCCAGGAAGGGUCCCCUGAACGAGCAGACUCAGCAGAGCCACACUCCAACUGGAGCCACCAGGCCCAACGCCAACCUUGCCAACAGCUCCCAACGGAGCGGUGGCACAGCACGCUCAGCUCAGUUCCGGCCACCUGUUGCCAAGAAGCCCACGAUUGCUGUGAAGCCCACAAUGAUGCUACCCUGCUCCUCUACAGGCCUGGACGCUGAGGGAAACCAGCGGUCUGGUGAUGGCCCAGGCACUGGCAAAACCUCAGCAUUCACCGUGUGGAACCGUAAUGGACUAAAUCACCAAAGGCCUGGUGGACCAAACAACAAUGAAGGCGAAAACGGUGGCGAUGAAAUUGAAGGCUAUGGUCCUUGCAGCCCCAGAACUCCCAGUGGCAACAACAACAACAAUGGACUCACAGAUGUGUUGAAGGAGAUUGCUGGUCUGGGCUCUGGACCCAGCACCAGUUCAAAAGACGACUUCCUAGGCAGGAUCAGCAGCUCAUACAGGCGCUCUCUGGAGAGGGGACUGCCAGCUGCUGGGUGCCUCGCAAUGGGAAGCAGCAGUGGCCAAGCCAAACGGGUAUCUCUCAGUGACAGUGCAGAGAUCAUAAGCACUGAAGGUGGACGCUUUUGCUAUCCAGAGUUCUCAAGCGAGGGGGAGGAUGAUGAUGAUGAGGAAGAUGAGGAUGAUGAUGACAGUGAUGGUGAUGAUGAGCAUGAGAGCUGGGAUGAAAGUGACGAGGAACUGCUAGCCAUGGAGAUCCGAAUGAGAGGUCAACCGCGUUUUGCAAACUUCCGUGCUGCAACCUUGUCUCCAGUGCCCUUUGCUGCAGGAAAGAAAUGGAACACUGUGCCACUCCGAAAUCGCUCCCUGCAGCGCAUAUGUGCUGUGGACUACGAUGACAGUUAUGAUGAAAUCCUUAAUGGUUAUCCCUCUAUGGACUCAAAUGGGGGGCCUGGCCUCCUCCCCUAUGGACAAAAUGACUUGCAAGGCAGUGGGUUUUUGUCAAACUCCGAGUCCACCACCUCCCCAGAAUCCUCAUCCUCUAUGCCUGAUGAUUCACGUACAUCAUCCAGCACUAGCAGUGUCCCUUUUGGUGUUCGCAACGGCCUACACUCGCCUGCCCCCCGAGAGGCGCUUACUCGUUCAGCUCCAGCAGAAAGAGAGCCUCAGCACAGAGCCUUGAGUUCACCAAAAGCCAAUGAGACCCACAAAGCUGUUCUUGCCAUUCGACUGGAGGACCAAGAAGCAAUCCAGCGGGAAGGUGGUGCUCUUCCUCAGGCUCACCCUGGCCAGCCCAUUACGAUUAGCUUUAGUCCCACAGAGGAACAAGCUAAACCUUACAGAGUAGUGAACCUUGAAAAGCCUCCCAUUUGUAAACCUUACACUGUGGUAGAUGUGUCUGCAUCUAUGGCAAGCACAGAAGGCUAUGCCCCAGAAAGCACUCCCAAACACAAGGGACUAUCAACUCCCUUGAGCCCACCACCUUACCCCGGCUCCCCAAUUAGUUUGUCACUGUCAGCAGGUUCCCCAAUGUCCCCAGUAUCACCACUUUCCCCAGCGACACCAGACACUCCAACAACCCCAGUUUCACCAUCAACGGCAAACUCCUCUGCUCCUCUCAGCACUUCUCGCAAGAAACCUGGAAACAUCCGCUACCAAGAGGUGUGGACCUCCAGCACCAGCCCUCGACAAAAGAUCCCCAGGGUCGAGCUGGUCUCUGGAGGAGCUCCUGGGCCCUCUGUACCCCCUAGACACUGCACCCACAAAUCUGCGCCCACCUCACCUAUUGCAGGCCUAUCUUCAUCCCGCACAGUGCCAGUGAAGUCCCCAAAUCUGUCAGAGAUCAAGUUCAACAGUUACAACAAUGCAGGAAUGCCCCCAUUCCCCAUCAUCAUCCGUGAUGAGCCAACUUAUGCCCGCAGCUCAAAAAAUGCUGUAAAGGUUCCCAUUGUUAUCAACCCCAGUGCUUAUGACAACUUGGCUGUGUACAAGAGCUUCCUGGGUCUCAGUGGUGAACUGCCACAACCCAAACCUGGUGCUGGAAGCAGGGUCACCAGUCACACCUACGAGGAAAUUGGUUCAUCUGAGAGCAUCCAAGCCUCCCCCGAUGAGAAGUCUCCCAAUAGCAAGCCCACGGGAGACAAGCUCACUGCAGAGGAUGUAACAGGUGGCUUAGGAACAUCUCCAAAAUCCCUGGACUUGAACUGCAGAACCACUAGCGAACACAACACCACGCCAGCCACAACUCCUGUAUCUCUCAUCCCUCCCACUAGCGCCUCCUCUCCUCUGCCUGGUAGUCUGCCCCCAAACAGCCCCAGCUGUGCCACACCAGGGCGGAGUCGUAAGCCCAGUGGGGAGGCGUGCAAAGACAGCAACACUGACACUAUGUCAUCAUCUGGCACCAGCACAGGGCAGCGGGAGAAAGCGAGCACUGUGCUGUCCCAGAUAGUGGCUUCGAUACAGCCACCCCAGUCCCCUCCAGAGUCCCCGUCUGCUCAGAGCAAAACUUGCAGUGCUGAGGAGCUCUAUGCCCUCCCACCUGACGCCACUAGGGACACGCUCAGCAGACCCAAGUCACUUUUCUCCUCUACAGACGGAUGCCUGUCAAAACCCAGGAAGGAGACUCCAGCCAAACACUUGCCAAAGUCCCAGAGUGCAUCUGCCGCUGUGGCCCCAACAAGUCCUAAGGCAGAGGCAAAUCCCCCUUUCCCUCCACCCAGGUCCACCUCCUCUCCAUACCAUGCCACCAAUCUUCUCCAGAGGCACUUCAGCAACUGGACAAAGCCCUCUGCAGGGUCCUCUCGUCCCAGUGAUGGAGAGAUAAGUCCAGGGGUUGGAGAGGGCAGACGUCCAUCAUCUGAAAGUGCCAAGCCCAAACGCUGGAUAUCCUUUAAGAGCUUCUUCCGCCGGCGGAAGGACGAAGAUGAGCAGAGAGAGAAGGUGGAGCGCGAGAAGGAUAAAGGCAAACUGGUGGGCCUCGAUGGAACUGUAAUCACCAUGCUACCUCCGCCUCCCACGCAACGCCACCACUGGUUUGCUGAAGCCAAAGGGGAUGACCCCAACCAGAAACCCACAAUAAUAUUUACAUACAAACCAGACAGCAGUGCCACGGGUGAUGGAGAGGGAGAAUUACGUGUUGAAGAAUGCAGGGAGACUGCUUCAGGAGAGGCCACUGUCAUAAGGCCCUUGUCCCCUGGACAACCAGCUCCAAAGAGCAGAGCAAGUCUCCUUAUCAGCAAAGUUAUGAGCCAAGCGCAGAUGGAGUCGGCCGAAAGCGAAAUGCCCACCGCUGCCUCCCUGCCGGCCAAGCUAGAGUUGUCGUCAGUGGCUGAGGCCUGCGCCUCGAGCGCCAGGCCCAUCCUUGCGUCAGCCAGCGAGGGCAGUGCCAGCCUCGGGGAGCAGGAGGAGGAAGGCAGUCACUCGUACUCGCCCGCCUCCAGCUCUUGCAGCGCCACCUACAGCAACCUGGGUCAGUCCAGAGCCAACAUGAUCCCUCUGAAGCACCCCAGGAACGUCAAGGCCUCGGACGACACUCUCGCCUCAGUCGACCCGGAUGCCCCUGAGUCAGCGGUCAAGGACACGCCGCCUCCCCUCCCCAAGAAGGGCACCGGUGGGCGCACCUCCGCGCCUGAUGCCCACCUCACCAGGGAGGUGAUGCCACUGCGGCCGCGUGCCGAGGCCAAACCUGGCGGCACCAACCUGAGUGUGGCCAACCCGCUCUACGACCUGGACUCCACCUGGGAGACGGCCAGCCAGAGCUCCUCACUCAGCUCGGAGGCGCGCGGUGCGCUGGACCACGAGUCAGGCGACUCGCUGGAGCGGCCCACCAUCGUGGGCAAGGGCCGGCCCGCCAACAGCCUCUCAUGCCUGGCCACUGGCGCCGCCACCGCCAACAGCGCCACGGCUGGCCGCGAGUGGCGGGGCUGCCGCAGCGCCGAGUCCCUGGCAGGCCGAGCUCGCACCACAGGCCGGGUGCCCGCCAGCGGAGCCGGGGCAGCAGCCAGCGCAGCAGCCAGCGCCAAGCCUCAGAGGCAGGCUCUCUACAAGGGCAUGGACAGCUGGGAGGAGGUGGUGGGCCGCAUCCGCGGCCUGCACACGGACACGCUGCGCAAGCUGGCCGGCAAGUGCGAAGACCGCUUCAUGGCCGGCCAGAAGGACCACGUGCGUUUCGGCACAGACAGCUGGUCCCACUUCAGGCUGACCACGGGCAAGCCCUGCUGCGAGGCCGGAGAUGCCGUCUACUACACGGCCUCCUACGCCAAAGACCCACUCGUCAACUAUGCCAUCAAGAUCUGCAGGAGUAAAGUGAAGGAGACCCAACAGCAGUUUUUCCACAGCCUGGCGGUGAGACAGAGCCUGCCGCUCCACUUCAACAUCCAGCAGGACUGCGGCCAUUUUGUGGCCGAUGUGCCCUCCCGCCUGCUGCCCUGGGAGGAAGAGGAGGAAGGUGAGAGUGAAGAAGAAGAGGAAAAGGAGGAAGAGGAGGGGGGGAAAGAGAAGGAGUCGCACAAAAAGGAGAACGGCCCAGAGAGGGAGAAGAGGAAAGAGGUCGCGGAGAAGCGGUCGAGCAAAGAGGCGUCUGAGGCGUCUGACACGGUGGCACACAACGGGCAGGAGGGCGAGGCUGUCGCCGCUACCGCCGGUCCAUCUGGGAAACUGCGCAGCCGAGUGGUGGUGAUCACGCGCGAGGUGCCCUUCCAGACGGUGGCGGACUUUGUGCGGGAGGGCCGCGAGCGGCACACCCACAGCCCGGACCUGUACGAGCGGCAGGUGUGCCUGCUGCUGCUGCAGCUGUGCUCGGGCCUGGAGCACAUGAAGCCCUUCCACGUGACGCACUGUGACCUGCGCCUGGAGAACCUGCUGCUGGUGCACUGCCAGCCGGGCAACCCCUGGAACCUGGACGUGCCCAACGGCGAGCCCAACAACAACAACAACGCCUUCAGCGCGGGCACAGGCGCCAACGCGGGCCAGGGGGCCCUGGCCAAUGCCUGCCCGGCGCGCCUCAUCAUCAGCAACUUCGCCCAGGCCAAGCAGAAGGGCGCCGCGCUGGCCCAGCACCAGGCGGCGGCCGCCGCGGCCAACGCCCUCCGCGACCACUCGCGCCUGGCGCCGGAGAUCGUCACGGCCACGCAGUACCGCAAGUGCGAUGAGUUCCAGACGGGCAUCCUCAUCUACGAGAUGCUCCACCGCGCCAACCCCUUCGAGGAGUCGCCCGAGCUGAAGGAGCGCGAGUACUCGACGGCCGACCUGCCGCCGCUGCCCGUGCGCUCGCUUUACUCGCAGGGUCUCCAGCACCUGGCCGCGCUGCUGCUCAACGCCAACCCGUCAGAGCGCAUCCAGAUGGCGGAGGCGCGCGCCUGCCUUCAGUGCCUGCUGUGGGGGCCGCGCGAGGACCUUUUCCAGGCGCUCAGCGCCUCGCCGGGCCCCGGCCAUCGGCAGGCCACGCUGCAGAACUGGCUGGACCUCAAGCGGACGCUGAUGAUGAUUAAGUUCGCCGAGCGCUCGCUGGACACGGUGUGCGGCGUCAGCCUGGAGGACUGGCUCUGCUGCCAGUACCUGGCCUUCUCCACGCCGGACUCGCUCGGCCGCGUCGUCCGCAUCCUGCAGCACCAGCAGCAGGCCCUGCAGGCACUGCACGUCUGAGCCCCCUGUCUCUGGCUCGCCUCCGGACCGCCUUUGGGCUGCUGCCUAGCGCUUAGCACUAGUCACCGUGCCGACGCCCCUCCCAGGGAGGGGGGCACGGCUGCAGGCCUGCUGUCUCCUCCCCCUCAACGUGCUCCUCUGUCCCACACGGCUACAACCAGACUCUGCCGCUUGGAGAACUGGACAAGUCCAUCAGCUUUGUUUGUGGCUGAUUAUUACUAUGCGCUGUACUUGUACCACAUGCAUUUUAACUACAUGUUAUGGUUGUGCUUUGGAUUUUGUUGUUUAUUUGUUGUUGUUUUUCCUGGUAUCCAGUCAGACUUGGUUCUGAGGCUUUGAGAGGGUUUGAUGACCAGUACUGACCAGUUUUGAGAAACAGACUGACAAACUCAUAAAAAAGAAACAUGGCAAAGCAUAUAAGAACUUUCUUAACAGACACAAGCAUUUCUUUGAUAGAAGUGCCGCAAGAGUGGAGGGGAAAAAAAAAAAGAAUUUCAUAUCAUUGCUAAAUAAUCCAUGUACCUUUUGAUAUAACUGUAGUCCAUACUGUGUUUUGUGAGGGAAGUAGCUGCUUCAGUACAUCUACCAGUGUGUUUGUUCAGAACAACCUCAGUCAGAAUAAAUAGCUCGCAAGCAACUGGAAAAGACAUACCAUCAAGUCCAGAAAGACAACAGAGGAAGGGAGAUGAAGGAGAGAGAUCAAGUUGACUGAACAGAAUUAGAAGGCAUUGAAUGUCUUUGGAACAGCAAAAAUGGCCGGCAUAUCAGGUACUUGUGAAUGAGCUGGUCUGGUAUCAGUACUUAAUUCACCUGGGAUUUUUGGCUGCAAUCAAACCACUCAUCGCUCACCAACCGAUUCACGAAUCAGGAGGCUGCCCGCUGUCCACCCAAAAGCGUUCGACCAGUGGAAAGGUGUUUGUGUUUUUCAAACUGCAUGCUGAUGUGUGAGUUACGCUCGUUUGGGAAAGUCCCACGCACAUGAUUGACAGGGAGCCAUCGCUGAGGACACAGUAUGUGCUGGUGAAACGCCGAUCCAGACUGGGCCAAGCUGUUCUGACAGGACUGUCCCUCUGACCCAUCCCCUCACCCCUCUAAACCCCCC